CGUACACGACGCGAACCGCAAAUCACGAGCUACCACGAGCCACGCCUAUAAAAUGGCGGCCGUGCUCAACUCCCGUCGCCACACACAGCAGCCGGUGCAUCGCUCUAGAGCUAAUAAACCAACCACAUUUCGGAGAAGCAUCCUCGACCGAAGCCACCACCUUCAUCCAUGGCCGAGCACGUGAGCCACCAGGCCGGCGCGGCGGUUGGCCACGCACAGGACACGGCCGGCCAUGUGGCGCACGACGCCGCGGGGACGGCGCACGACGCGGCGGGGGCUGCCCACGACGCGGCCGGAGCGGGAGCCAACCACGCCGGCGGCGUUAUGGAGGAGGUCGGCGGGCAGGCGCAGAUGGUCGCGCGGAGCGCCGCCGACGCCGUCCAGGGCGCCGCGGAGACCGUCAAGAACGCCGUCGGUCUCGGCGGCAACUAGGCCGGCGGCCGCGCGCGCGCGUGCGCAGGCACGGCUCUCUUCUGAUCUCCCGGCUGUCGCCGGGGUUUGGAUGGAGCCGUACGUGCAGCUAGACGCGUACUGCUACCUAGCUACGUGCGCACAUCGAUCGAUCUCGAUGCGAGGUUGAACCCGCAUCAGCAUCAAUAUUUGUUUUCUCUUCCACUAUUUACUUGUUUCUCAAUCUACAUAGAGUGGUUUGUUUCUUGCCUGCCGACUGAGCGGCCGGGAAUCGAUUGCGCUCUGGUUUAUUUUGUAAUCGCGUCCCGCUGUGUAAGGUGCGACGUGGUUUAAUGACAAGUAUCGUUUUCUAAA